AUGGAAUCCAAAGCUCAAUUAGUCCUCGGAAUUCUAAGAGAAACUUCCACUGCUUGGGAAAGAAGAGUACCAUUUACUCCUGAGGCUAUUUAAGAUCUUAUUAGUAAAUUUGGCAUCAAAGUGCUUAUUCAGCCAUCAACUAACAGAUGCUUUUCUGAUUCCUAAUACAUCUAAGCUGGAGCUGAGGUUAGUGAUGAUCUAACUCAAGCUCAUGUGAUUGCUGGUAUCAAACCAGCUAAAUUGGAUAGUCUACUUGCUAACAAAGUUUACAUGAUGUAUACAAGAGUCCACACAGGAGCACCAGGCAUUGUUCCUUAUCUCAAAAAGCUACUUGAGCAGAAGGUCACCCUAGUAGACUACGAGAAAAUAAGAAAUGAAAAAGAUGAGAUACUUGUGGGGUCAAGCAAACUUGCUGGAACUGUGGGAAUGUUCAACAUUUUCAGAUAAGUCGGAGAAUAUCUACUUUUGAGAAAGAACCUUAACACCCCUUUCUUAUUCACUGGGGGAAGUGCUUACAUGCAUAGAGACAAGGCAAGCUGUGAAUAAGCACUCAGAAACAUUUCAAAAGUUAUUCAAGAUUAGGGUGGAUUGCCCAAAGAAAUAUCUCCAUUUGUCAUUGGAAUCGUAGGCAGUGGAAUUGUGACGUAAGGAGCUCUAGAGCUAAUCUAGAAUAAUUUACCUACUGAAAGAAUUGAUGCUAAUGAUUUAAAGAAUCUUUUGGAGAAUCCUCCUGCUGAUCAUCAAUAAAAGAUUUAUUUUACCACUAUUAGAAGAGAGCACUAUCUAAGGGAUGAGGGAACAGAUGGAAACACUUAGUUUAACUACUAACUUCUAGAAUCAAAUCCAGAGAAAUUCCAUUCAGUUAUAGACACGUAAAUCUUGCCUUACUUAUCAGUUCUUGUAAACUGUGCUAAUUGGAAAAGAGGUACUCAAAUGCUAAUUACUAAUGAUUAAAUUAAGCAAGCCUGUGGUUCAGAGAAUCAAAAGCUCAUUGCAAUCAGCGAUGUAGCUGCUCUUAUUAAUGGUCCCAUCGAAUUUUUCAAAGAAGAAUGCUUGAUAGAGAGACCAUAUUUCUUAUAUGAUACCUAAAAUCAUAAAAGAUACGAAAGCUAUGAUGAACUUAAGCAUGCUGGAUAGAAUACUUCAAAUAAUAUCCUUGUGUAUUAGGGAGUUGAGCAAUUGCCAGCUGAGCUGAGUUUAGAUGCUUCUAAGAUGUUCUCAGACAGGCUUCAGGAUUAUGUCCAUCAAAUAUUGCAAAUCGCUGAGCUUGCUUAGAACGACAAGGAUACUUUUGACAUCGAAUUUGAAAAGUUACCCUUGGAAAUCCAAAAAUCAAUUGCAUCUACUCCUAGCGGAAAAACUGGGAAGUAGGACACCUCUUCAAAGCCAGCUCAACACAUUGAGAAGGAUCUUUACAUGAGAAUGAAGGAACUCGAAAGUGAAUUGGAAAUCUUGUCUAUUUAAGAAGAGUAUCUAAAGGAUGAACAGAGACAUCUUAAGAGUGAAUAUGUUAGAUCCAAAGAGGAAAUCAAGAGAAUCUAGUCAGUUUACUUGGGAACUGGAAAUUUCAUUGAGAUGAUUGAUGAAUCAUAUGGUAUCGUUGGAAGUACCAGUGGAUCUCAAUACUAUGUCAGAGUUUUGAGUACUCUAAACAGAGAGGAGUUAAAGCCCAAUGCUAGAGUUGCUCUUCACAGAUCAUCUCACUCAGUUGUUGAUAUUUUGCCUCCUGAUACAGAUGCCGCAGUUCAAAUGAUGAAGAUGACUGAAAAGCCAGAUGUCAGCUAUAAUGAUGUUGGAGGUCUUGAUAUUCAAAAGCAAGAAAUCCGUGAAGCUAUUGAGCUACCUUUGAUUCAUCCAGAACUUUACUCUUAAAUUGGUAUUGACCCUCCAAGAGGAGUCUUACUUUAUGGACCCCCAGGUACUGGUAAAACUAUGCUUGCUAAAGCUGUAGCUAAUUAAACUAAUGCAGCAUUUAUCAGAAUGGUAGGAUCUGAAUUCGUUCAAAAAUAUCUUGGAGAGGGUCCAAGAAUGGUCAGAGAUGUCUUUAGACUUGCUAGGGAAAACGCUCCAUCUAUUGUAUUCAUCGAUGAAAUUGAUUCUAUUGCAACUAAGAGAUUUGAUGCUAACACAGGUGCAGAUAGAGAAGUUCAAAGAAUCCUGAUCGAACUUUUGAAUCAGAUGGAUGGUUUUGAUCAAACUGUAAAUGUUAAGGUCAUUAUGGCAACCAACAGAGCUGAUACUCUUGAUCCAGCUCUCUUGAGACCAGGUAGACUUGAUAGAAAAAUUGAAUUCCCACUCCCAGAUAGAAGAUAAAAGAGACUCGUUUUCCAAACUUUAACUAGUAAAAUGAACUUAAGCGAGGAAGUUGAUUUGGAAGACUUUGUUCAAAGACCUGAGAAAAUCAGCGCCGCUGAUAUUCAAAGUAUCUGCUAAGAAGCAGGUAUGCAAGCAGUCAGAAAGAAUAGAUAUGUAAUUUUACCCAAAGAUUUCGAGAAGGGAUAUAAAAAAGUAGUCAAGAAGAGAGAUACUGAGUUCGACUUCUAUAAGUGA